GUUGAGGCAGAAUCUACAUUUUGUUCAUUGGAAUCAGGAAGGCUGGAAGACAGGUUUGUGUUCUGUAGCAGCAGUAGGACAGCCAUACAACUUGCUGACCCUAGCAAACAAUACUUGCGUCCAUAAUUCGUUUUCUGAAAUCCGAGACAGAUUCAACAAACUCUAUAAACGGAAG